GAUAUGACGCGUUGAUGUCGCAUGACCCGUCCUCCUCCAACAGGCCUUGAGGAAAACAAGCCUGUCAUGUGACUCCGGCUGUGUCUCUGGUCUAGCUGUAACAUGGUCAGCUGUUAGCUGUAAAGUCUACUCUAAAGUACUCUAAGAAGUUGCCGAGCGGUCUGGAUAACACGACCAGACAUUGGCCACCAUGGCUGAUGAUUUGAAGAGAUACCUGUACAAACAGUUGCAAAGUGUUGAAGGUCUUCAUGCUAUCGUCGUGACAGACAGGGACGGUGUCCCAGUUAUCAAAGUUGCCAAUGACAAUGCCCCAGUCCACGCUCUGAGACCUGGCUUCUUGUCCACCUUCGCUCUGGCCACUGAUCAGGGCAGUAAGCUGGGCCUCUCCAAGAACAAGAGUAUCAUCUGCUACUACAACACCUACCAGAUUGUGCAGUUCAAUCGGUUACCACUGGUCAUCAGUUUCAUUGCCAGCAGCAACGCCAACACAGGUCUUAUCAUGAGUCUGGAGAAGGAGUUGGCUCCACUAAUAGAGGAGCUGAGGCAGGUAGUGGAGGUGACAUAAUCACAAGCCUGAGCAGAAUUACCUCUGGAUCACAUCCUGCUCACUGAAUCUCUCUCUUGUCUAAUGGUGCAUUCAGGUCCUGUCUGAAAGUCCCAAGUAAUUACAUCUUCAUCUGUUUACAUCAUGAUUGAACUUUUCCUGUUCACUUUUCGUUCUGUUGACUUUUUUUUUUCUGCCAUUUUCUGUAGAAUAGAGGUGCUUCUCAUCAGAGUUUAUAUGUCAAAUCAAAUGUCAAGAAGUCUGAAUAAAUGUUUCAUUUUUAGCACCUAAA